AUGCCAAACACGUCCCUCCGCCGGCAGCCGCAGAAGGGCUUCCGCCGCGGCGGGAAAGUCGCCUACCAUGGCGGCGGCGCCCGGACGCGGACCUUUGCCGCCGCUUCGGGCCGCAACGAGGCCACCUCCAACGACGAGAAGUGGGAGCGCACCAAGUUGGCGCACAGCAUCGACGAGAACCUGGGCUUCGCGCGGUACGACGCCGGCCGCAAGCGCGAGGGCUGGCUCGUCAACAUCCAGCCCACCUCCAUCGAGGACGACCGCGUCCCCGGCGGCGGCGGCCGGGCCGCUGUCGACUGCUACUUCAUCGAGGAGGACGGCGCGACGUUCAAGGCGACGGUCGAGUACGAGCCCUACUUCCUCAUCGCCGUGCGCAAGGGCCACGAGGGCGAGGUCGAGGAGUGGUGCAAGAGGGCGCCCGGAGGGGGCGUGGUCAAGCACGUCAGGAGGGUGGAGAAGGAGGAUCUGCAGAUGCCGAACCACCUUCUCGGCUACCGGAGGACAUUCCUGGAGCUGAGGUUUGCCAACGUGCAGAACCUCAUGGCGGCGCGGAGAGACAUCAUGCCCAUUGCCGACAGGAAUAAGAAGAGCAUGAACGCCAUGGAUACCUACGCCGAGGUCGCUACAUCAAACGGCGACUUUGAUCUUUUUGACGAUUUACGAGACGACGAUAAACGACUUAAUGCUUCUUUUGCUGAUGCGAGCGACUUCAUCGUCGACAUCAGAGAGUACGACGUUCCAUACCAUGUUAGAGUAAUGAUAGAUAUGAACAUCCGGGUGGGCAAGUGGUAUCAUGUUGAGGCAAAGCAUGGCGUUACCACCGUCGUAUGCAACGAAGAACGCUUAGCGAUGGCGGACCCCGUUGUGAUGGCCUACGAUAUCGAAACUACCAAAUUGCCCCUGAAAUUCCCCGACGCCGCCAUCGACCAGGUCAUGAUGAUUUCAUACAUGAUCGAUGGGCAAGGUUUCCUUAUCACGAAUCGAGAAGUGGUCUCUGAGGAUAUCGCCGAUUUCGAGUACACCCCGCGCCCGGAAUACCCCGGGCCGUUCAUGAUCUUCAACGAGCCAGACGAGAAGGCUGUCCUCGAGAGGUUCUUCCUGCACAUCAAGGAGGCUCGGCCGACAGUCAUCGCGACCUACAACGGUGACUUCUUCGACUGGCCUUUUGUAGAAGCCCGAGCGAGCGUCAACGGAAUCGACAUGUAUCAUGAGAUUGGUUGGAGGAAGGACAGUGAGGAUCAGUACCAGUGCAACUACUCUGUGCACAUGGAUUGUUUCCACUGGGUGAACCGAGACAGUUACCUUCCUCAGGGUAGCAGAGGCUUGAAGGCCGUCACUGUCGCGAAGCUGGGCUACGAUCCAGACGAACUCGAUCCGGAAUUGAUGACACCCUAUGCCGCCGAGCGCCCGCAAACACUCGCAGAAUACUCCGUAUCCGAUGCAGUGGCCACCUACUACCUAUACAUGAAAUACGUCCACCCCUUCAUCUUCUCAUUAUGUACCAUUCUCCCUCUCAAGGGGGACGAGACGUUGCGCAAGGGUACGGGAACCCUCUGCGAGAUGCUGCUGAUGGUGCAGGCCUACUGGAAAGAGAUUGUCCUGCCCAAUAAGCAUGUAUCGCCAAAGGAGUCAUUCUGGGAUGGCCAUCUCCUAGACUCUGAGACUUAUGUUGGUGGUCAUGUUGAGAGUAUCGAGGCUGGAGUGUUCCGCUCAGAUAUUCCCGUCAACUUCGCUGUCGAUCCGGCAGCUUGUGAUGAGCUCAUCAAGGAUCUGGAUGCGGCUUUGACUUUCAGUAUCACUGUGGAGGAGAAGAAGUCGAUGGACGACGUCGAAAACUACGAAGAGGUCAAGCAGCAGAUCAUAGCGAAACUGCUAAAUCUUAAGGAGACGCCAAACCGGAGUGAGCGCCCCCUGAUUUAUCAUUUGGACGUCGCAUCCAUGUACCCAAACAUCAUGACGACGAACCGUCUACAGCCCGACUCCAUGAUCCAGGAGUCAGACUGUGCCGCUUGUGAUUUCAACCGGCCAGGCAAGACCUGCGAUCGGAGGUUGCCUUGGGCAUGGCGUGGCGAGUACCUGCCAGCGAAGCGCGACGAGUACAACAUGAUCAGGAAUGCAUUGGAAAACGAGAAGUUCCCUGGGAAAUGGCCCAACUCGCCGCCGCGGACUUUCCAAGAUCUUACUCCCGACGAGCAAGCGACUCUGAUCCGGAAACGUCUCCAGCUCUACUCCCAGAAGGUGUACCACAAGAUCCACGACUCGACUACCAUCGUUCGUGAGGCCAUUAUCUGUCAGCGGGAGAACCCUUUCUACAUCAACACCGUGCGGGACUUCCGAGAUCGAAGAUACGACUACAAAGGCAAGGCCAAGGUAUGGAAGGGAAAGACGGAGGGCCUCAAAUCCUCCGGCGCGACAGCAACCGAGAUCGAUGCCGCCAAGAAGAUGAUCGUCCUUUUUGACUCGCUGCAGCUUGCUCACAAGGUCAUUCUGAACUCGUUCUACGGCUAUGUCAUGCGAAAAGGUUCUCGGUGGUACUCCAUGGAGAUGGCAGGAGUGACGUGCCUGACUGGUGCUCAUAUCAUCCAAAUGGCUCGGCAGCUGGUCGAGCGGCUUGGUCGCCCUCUAGAACUGGAUACCGAUGGUAUCUGGUGCAUGCUUCCGGCGACGUUCCCGGAGAAUUUUGCCUUCAAGCUCAAGAACGGAAAGAAACUGCCUAUCUCAUACCCCUGUGUUAUGUUGAACCACUUGGUUCACGCAAAAUUCACGAACCAUCAAUACCAGACCUUGACGGACCCCAAAACCUUCAAGUACGAGACGCACAGCGACAACUCCAUCUUCUUUGAGGUCGACGGUCCCUACAAGGCCAUGAUCCUCCCCACCUCGAAGGAGGAAGACAAGAACUUGAAGAAGCGAUACGCCGUCUUCAACGAUGACGGCAGUCUGGCCGAGUUGAAGGGCUUCGAAGUCAAGCGAAGAGGUGAGCUGAAGCUUAUCAAGAUCUUCCAGCAACAAAUCUUCAAGUUCUUCUUGGAGGGUACCACCCUCGCAGAAUGCUAUGGAGCGGUCGCCAAGGUUGCCAACAGGUGGCUCGAUGUGCUUCACAGCAAGGGGUCCACCCUCGCCGACGAGGAGCUGAUGGAGCUGAUUUCCGAAAACCGAAGCAUGACGAAAACGCUGGAGGAAUACGGCUCCCAAAAGUCUACUUCCAUCACCACCGCACGGCGUCUCGCCGACUUCCUGGGUGAGCAGAUGGUCAAGGACAAGGGCUUGAACUGCAAGUUCAUCAUCUGCUCCAGGCCCAAGAACGCCCCCGUCACCGAGCGAGCUGUUCCCGUUGCCAUCUUCUCGGCCGAGGAGGAGACGAAGAGGCUCUACCUCAAGAAGUGGCUCAAGGAAGAGCCGGCUGAUACAGAUCCCAGGGCACUGCUCGACUGGGACUACUACCUGGAGCGUCUCGGCUCUGUCAUCCAGAAGCUCAUCACCAUUCCUGCUGCUCUUCAGAAGGUCCGGAAUCCAGUUCCGAGGGUCGCUCACCCAGACUGGCUGCAGCGCCGAAUCAAUAUCAAGGAUGACAAGAUGAAACAGAAGAAGCUGACCGAUCUGUUCACCAAAGGCCCUCUCGAGGACAUAACAAACCUCAGCAACGGGCGAGUUGGUGACUUGGAAGAUUUCGGGUCCAAGCUCCUCAAGCCCAAGACUGUCACUGAUGCUAUCACCGCAACUCAGAAAGAUGCCAAGAACCAGAAGAGGAAAUCCCCGGAACCUGAAGCUACUGCGGAGAGCACCGACCCGUUUGCCAGCUUGCCAAAGGUCAUGCCAAACCCUUCCGAGGACUACCCGGCGUUCCUGGCGUACCAGAAGAAGAAGUGGAAGCUCCAGAAGGCAGCCAGGAUUAGGCGGAGACACCUCUUUGGCGAUCGCCGCGGUAACAUGGCAAACAACAUUCAGCAGACCUUCCGCAACCAGGCAGAGGUUACGUUCAGGAACACCUGGCAGCUUCUCCAGCUGAAGACGACAGACAACCCUGGUGUAGUGACGGCCUACGUCCUGAUCGACGCCAAGAUCCACUCGCUGAAGAUCAAAGUACCGCGACAAGUAUACCUCAACCUGAAGAGCAAGGACCUUCCGGACAUCGAGGUUGAAGGCUGUCAUGUGGAGCAGGUCAAUCAUACCCUUCCCAACGGUCACUCUUCUGUGCAUCUCUUCAAGCUUACCGUGCCGGAGGACAUCUACUUCGCCGAGGCCGAGAAGUUCAGUCUCUUGUUCAACCACCCCAGUGUAGAAGGCGUCUAUGAGAAGCAAGUGCCCUUGAACGUCCGGGCUAUGCUUCAGCUUGGCAACCUCUGCACAAUUGAUGAGAGCCAGCCUGGCGUGCUCGGCAGGGGCCUCGACCAAGGAUUUGAUCUACCUAGUCUCAUCAGGCCGGCAAAGCCCAAGCUUUAUCUGGACUCGGCCCCGAUGGCAUACAUUUACAUUUCACACAUCAGUGCCGGAGAGCGACAAAUAUUCGGCAUCUUCUCCACGACAAGCGACCAAGCACAUGUCGUCAUAUUGCACAAGAACAAAGACAGUGGGCAAGACUUGCCAAACAUCACAAAGAUGUACUCUGAUCAUCUCGCCAAGCGGACAGAGGAAGCGGAAGGCACCAAUUGGAGAGACUGCUUCCCAUACCAAGACAAGGUCAACUUCAAAAUCACUCAGGUCACAACGCGCCGGAAAGCAUUCCUCGAGAUUGGCGACGUCGUCAAGAAGAUGCGGAAGGACGAGGCACGACCGCAGAUGAUGGUCAUCCAGUCGUCACAGCGCAACCUCCUGGUGCACGACAUUCCCAUUCUCGGCGAGUUCCCUGUCCUGCCGCUGAAGUACGACCCUGCCGACAGCUCGCUGCCGCCUCUGGGCUGGCAGUCAGUCAUUGCCAGGCGACUGGUCAACCACUACCUCGGCCUUGGGUCUUGGAUUCUUCACUUGACAGCGCUGGCGAGAUACGGCGACGUGCCGCUGUGCAAUCUAGAACGCGACGACCCGCGGUUCUUGAUUGACGUCGCAUACGCUCGCCGCCUGCAGGCGAACAACGUCGUCCUGUGGUGGUCUGCCGGCCCUCGUCCUGACCAUGCUGGGUAUGAGCGUGACGAUGUGGUAGGCCCGCUGGACACGGUGCAGAUGCCCGCCAUCAACAAUCCCGGGACUUUCUCUUCUGUGUGUAUCGAUCUGGAGGUCCGAAACCUCGCCAUCAACACCAUCCUCACGUCGUCCUUGAUCAACGAACUCGAAGGUGCCGACUCCAUCUCGUUCAACCCUGCCUCUGACGGGGCACAAGAAGGGUCUGAGACGCUGUUCUCCGAAAACGCAUUUGCCAAUGCCGGUGUCCAGGUCCUUCGUGAGAUGGUGAAGAGCUGGUGGGCUGAGGCGUGCAAGGGCAACACCAUGGCUGACGUGAUGGUGCAGCAUCUCGUCCGCUGGGUCGAGAAUCCCGGUUCGUUCCUUUACGACCGUGCUCUACACUAUUAUGUGCAGAUGAUGUCGCGAAAGGCAUUCCAGCAGCUUAUGGCUGACUUCCGAAGAGUGGGGUCGCAGGUCGUCUUUGCAAACUCCAACCGCCUUUUACUACAGACUACCAAGGCGGAGGUUGGCAAUGCUUACGCCUACAGUCAGUACAUCUUGAAGUCGAUCAAGAGCAAGCCCUUGUUCCACUUCAUCGACCUGGAAAUCAAGGAGUACUGGGACUACCUGGUCUGGUACGAUGAGUUCAACUACGGAGGUAAGGCUUGCCAGGAAGUCGUCGAGACAGACCAGCAGGCACUGGAAACUGUCAUGCACUGGCAAAUGUCAACCUUCUUGCCCGUCCGCCUACAGCCCACCUUUGCCGACUGGGUGGUGGAGUUCAUCCAGCUCAUGCACGCGUUCAAGAGGCCCGCCGACGGCUCAGAUCCCUCUGCCACGCCCCGCCUCACCCAGAUCCCGCAGCGCAGCCUAGCAGAAGGCGCGGAAGGGCAGAUCAUCCUCGGCAAGGCCUUCGAGAAGCCCCUGAAGAAGGACAUCGCGGGCCUGGUCGCCACGCAGAAGCGGGAGCUGCUGCACCCGGAGCUGGCCGUCGACUACGUCUUCCCCACGCUGCCCGGCUCGCACCUCUCGGACCUCGGCUCGCGCAACGCCGUCCUCGAGCUCGUCAAGAUGCUCAUGCAGGUGCUCUCGCUCGACAAGAACAUCACGAUGGAGGCGCGCCUGCUGCGCAAGGAGCUGCUGGCCAUGUUCGAGGUGCGCGAGUUCAGCAAGGAGGGCGCCUUCCAGAACCCGUCCGAGAGCCUGCGCCUGAGCCAGCUCAGCUGCGACAGCUGCACCAUGGCGCGCGACCUCGACCUGUGCCGGGACGAGGACCUGCUGCCGGAGCUGGGGCCGGACGGCAAGCGGGCGGCGGGGGCGGCGGCGGGCGACGCGAGGCCGUGGCUGUGCCCGUUCUGCGGCGUCGAGUACGACCGCAACGAGCUCGAGGAGCGGCUCGUCGGCGCCGUGGAGGCGUUUGUCGUCGAGUGGGCGACGCAGGACCUCAAGUGCGCCAAGUGCGGCGCGCUGAGGGUCAACGACUUCAUGGAGCACUGCACCUGCUCCGGGGCGUGGGGCCCGUCGGUCAAGAGGGACGAGGUGGUCCGGCGGUUGAAGGUGUACAGGAACGUGGCUAAGUUCUACGGGCUGAGGAUGCUGGGCGAUGUGGUCGAGAGCGUGUUUGAGAGUCUUUGA